AUGGCAGCUGAUAACUUGAGCUCUGGUGUACUCUGCCACGUUGGUUAUUUCAACCGCGGUGAGCACCAUCUUCAUGGCGUGACCUACCUCAAAGCCCACACGGUAGCCCUCAUGGGCUUGACCGCUCUGCUCUACCGCUUCGGCCACAGUCCGCUGGUCGCCUUUUCGCAAACUCUUCUCUACGACAUCUCGCUCCUCUGCGGCCUGCACGCAAGCCUAAUCUUCUACCGUGCCUUCCUCAACCCUCCCAACGCCUUUCCCCGGGCCGUGGACCGCGCGCUGCACCGCCAGCACGGCCCCAUUCUGCGCGUCGGCGCCGGCGAGCUCUCCGGCGCGCACCGGCACGCCGUCCGGGACGUCUUCGGCGGCGAGUCGCGGUGCCUGAAGAGCGCGUGGUACGACAUCAGCCGCCUGCAGGACUCGCUGCUGCUGCGCCGCGUCUGGAGCCCGGCCUUCUCGAGGGCGGUGCGUGGGUACGAGGCGCGCAUCCGGCCGCACCGGGACAAGCUGGUUGCCGGGCUGGAUGCGGCGUGCGAAGAAGGCGGGUCGGUGGAUGUGGAUGGCUGGCUGGCGCUGUACGCGUGGGACGUCAUGGGCGACCUGACGUUCGGCCACUCGUUUGGAAUGCUGGACAUUACCAAGGAGAAGCACUGA